AGCCGGACUCGCGUACCGGGGAUCCCUCGGCUCCUCUCCGCCCGUCAACUUCUUUGCGACCAGACCUAAUAUCUGAAAACAUGUCCUAACGCGCAGUAGUGAAAGGCGCAUAAAAACUGUCCCGCUUGGUAGCUGUAAUGGGAGGUUCUCUUAUGAUCCUUAGACUUCUUUAUCUCCAUAUAUGCAAUACAAAAAUAUAAUGUGCCCGCUAAAGGGCGAGUUGGGGUGGGGGCGUUUUAUGUUAAAUUUUUAACCAGGCGGCUUUAUUCUUGUGCGUUUCUCCUGGUUAAAAUUGCUUGUUGGUAAAAUCUUCAGAUGUCAAAAGAAGGAAAACAUAGGCAAGUAGACAAGCAGGAAUUUUAAAAAUAGUGAUUUUUUUUUUUUUGGUGCACUCAACAAAGAAUACCAAACUUGAGGGGCCUUAAAGGGGGUUGCUUUCUAGUUUUUCCAGCACUUAUAAUACUGUUGCAUAGACGUACAUGCAAGUUUUUAAUUUAUAAGGGGAGUUGUACUCACAUGCUGGUUGUGUGAGUGGGAUGGGAUCACUAAUACAAAGUCAUGUGCUAUAUGAGAGGUAGGUGGUGUUAUACUAAUAAUAAACCAAAAAAAUAAUUUUUUGCUUGUUUUCUCAUCCCAGACAAGUGUUUGAAUAAAAUUUUGCAAAGAUGCUAAUGUGCAAGGAAAGAAGCAAUGAAAAAAAUUAGCUGCCUGGACACCAUGAAGUGGGGUAGUGAUACAGAACGAGAGGGAAUAGCCCCAGAAAAAUCAUCUCCGGAGCGAGAGAAAAAAAAGGAACAGAUAGAUGCAUCUAAUUCUCCUAGAACCUCAAAACAUCAUUACUCAAGAUCGCGUUCACGAUCAAGGGAAAGGAAACGGAAGUCAGAUAACGAAGGAAGAAAACACAGAAGCCGGAGCAGAAGCAAAGAGAACCAACUUCUUCUUAAAACAGGCAAGAAGACACGAGUCCAAAGAAAAGUCCUCCAAGAAACACAAAUCUGAGGACCACAAUGACAAAGAACACUCGUCUGACAAGGGAAGAGAGAGCUUAAAUUCAGCUGAAAAUGGAGAAGACAGACAUAAACGUAAAGAAAGGAAAUCAUCAAGAGGCAAAAGUCAUUCAAGAUCCAGGUCUCGUGAAAGGCGUCAUCGUAGUAGAAGCCGUGAUAGAAAAAAAUCUCGGUCCCGAAGCAGAGAGAGAAAACGCCGUAUAAGAUCUCGUUCUAGAUCAAAAUCUAGACACCGACACAGAAGUAGAAGCAGAAGUAGGACUAGGAGCAGAAGCCGAGAAAGAAAGAAGAGAAUUGAAAAACCCCGAAAAUUCAGUAGGAGUCAUAGCCGAAGUCCAAGCCCACCACCUUUUAGGGGGCGAAACACAGCAAUGGAUGCACAGGAAGCAUUAGCCAGAAGGUUGGAAAGAGCAAAGAAAUUGCAAGAACAGAGAGAAAAAGAAAUGGUUGAAAAACAGAAACAACAGGAAAUUGUUGCUGCUGCUGCUGCUACUGGAGGGUCUGUCAUCAAUGUUGCUGCUCUUCUGGCAUCAGGAACCCAAGUAACUCCUCAGAUAGCUAUGGCAGCUCAAAUGGCAGCACUACAAGCAAAAGCACUGGCAGAGACUGGAAUAGCAGUACCUAGCUAUUAUAAUCCAGCAGCAGUGAACCCAAUGAAGUUUGCUGAGCAGGAGAAAAAGCGGAAAAUGCUCUGGCAGGGGAAAAAAGAAGGGGAUAAAUCACAGUCUGCAGAAAUAUGGGAGAAAUUGAAUUUUGGAAACAAGGACCAAAACGUCAAAUUCAGAAAACUAAUGGGCAUCAAGAGUGAGGAUGAAGCUGGUUGUAGUUCAGUUGAUGAAGAAAGUUACAAAACUCUGAAGCAACAGGAAGAAGUAUUCAGAAAUCUAGAUGCACAAUAUGAGAUGGCACGAUCACAGACUCACACACAAAGAGGAAUGGGACUGGGGUUUACAUCUUCAAUGCGAGGAAUGGAUGCAAUUUGAAAAAGAACAUAAGUCUGGGACUUUGUGGAUGACUCCUGUUCUGAGGUUGGGUCCUUGUUCACCAAAAAGCUAGUAUUCUAGCUUGCAUGGGUGUUGCAUUGACUUUAAUUUAUUGAAAGUACAAUUUUUCUGUAAAUAUGAGAUCAGUGAUACUGGUGUUAGUGUUGUAAUCAGGUUAUACCCACUUCCAUUAAACUUGACAGAACUAUAGAAGGACAGUAUUUUUAGUUAAAGUUCUACUUUUUCAAACAACACAGAAGCUGGGAAACUCAUUCAUGGAUAUUUCUUGUCCACUGUCUUGUGUACUUUUGUACUUUAACCUUGUACAGUUAUUUUCAACUCUUGGAACAUGAAAGAAACAGUGUGUAGAUGUUAUCUAGCAGAUUGGGCCAAUUGGUACAUAAUCCAGUGCAAAAACCUGGUUAAUAAACAUGUUUUUCUUUAA